CUCUGCGUGUUUUCAUUAAGGCGAAUACAUAGGCGUAGUUAUUGAUUAGAAGUUGCUAGUUCCGCCAUCAAAUUUGCGAGCAUUCCUCGAUUUGCGUUGUGUUUGUACCGCAGAAGGUCGCAAAAUGACCAUAAUUACCAAGCCGUUCAGUGAGAAGAAGAAGCUCGAGCAACCGCUCGUGAUCAACGAGCACGAUCAGGAUGUCGAGUCGGUUGUGGUGCCUGGAAACUACCAUAAGCGGAACUCGUGGGUUUUGCUCUUGGCUGCCCUGAUGUUCCUCAGCUUUGGCAUCAUUGGCUGCACCUUCAUCUACCGCUCUGUGAACCGCGACACGUCCUUCAGGGCCUGGUGCCAUGUGCCCUACGGUCUCUCAACUGAAAAUGCUGUCGCCAGUCGCAACACUUUUGACGAGGAAUUUGAAAUCGAUGAGGCCAGGAACACGGCCAGCAUCAGGGUGCCAGACUUCUCAGGGGGCAGAGAUGCCAGAUUCAUCCAUGAUUUCAAUGCUAACAUGACCGGAAUCAUCGACACAACUCGAAACCGGUGCUUUGUGAUGCCCCUGGACAGAAAGGUGAUUGUCCCACCGACUGACAUGAUUGACCUGAUCAACAAAAUGUUCAAAGGAUACUACGACAUAGAUAUUGGUCGUAUCAGACAGCGCAUGCAAGUUGUCACCCCUGCUGUGACUAAUUUCAAGCCACUCGGAGAAUACAUUACCAGGGAAUGUUACGGAAGGUCUACCUACAUGCUGGCCAAAUACCACAACCUUCUAUAUAAACGCAGUGCUGAUGCCAGCAGUGACUUGUACACCGAGUUUGCUGGGCCAAAUCUUCAACAGAUUGAUAUUGUGAACAUGGCCGCAGUAGAAGAGUAUGAGAAGCAACAGCAGGCUGCUGUGGCUGAAUUGCAAGUCUAGGCAAUUUUUCCCUCACUUAAAGAUACUAAUAAAUGACUGUCUUCAGUUUGAAAAAAAA